AGGAAAUGGUGGCCGCGGAAUGCGGAUGCCACUGAUUAUAAGACAAUAGAAAGAGCCAAGGAGUGAGAGGAAGACAUAUUAUACCUCGAUAUCAUCUAACGACCAAUUGUAAUAAGGAUAUGGAUUUGUGUACCAACUUGCCAGAGAACCUGUGCUCUAAACCCAUCGACCUGACCAAUGUUGGCAGUCUUAACAUUAUAUGCUGGGACCAGUUCCUCAGACUGACGAGGCUUGAUGACGACACUGACUGGCACGAUCAGUUUUUAGCUCGCACCUACAGCGAAGAGGAGUUUAUGAGAAAGAGAAAAGAGAAUGUAAAGAAACGUUCCAAGAGCGACACAAGCACGAGACAUCUCCCUCAACAAGCGAACUUUUUCCCUAACAAAUCUGCAUCUGCAUCUCCUGCAUCAGAGAAGUCGGAGAAGAAGUUCGUGAGGCAAAACUCGGCGAGUUACAGACAUUCCUUACCGGGCAUCGUUGAAAAUGGGGUUUAUACCGAACAGCGAGCUGCAGAUAGAAAGGGUUUUACAGAGAAUUUUAUGGAAAUAGACCAGACGACUAAUCUAGAUAAGAAGUCAGUUUCGAUGUCAGAUCUGCGUAACGUGAGCCAGAAUACUGGAAGUAGUAAUUUCUUUUCCAAAUUCACAGCUACAACAAAGAGCCAAGAGAACCUCUCUAUGCAGGGGAAGGACGGGACGAGAUACCGACCUGAUGCGCCGUUAAAGGACGGCAUCUCACAACGAGUGUCAAACGUCAAACGCAUGCUCCGGCUUAAUGGCUUGAUGCACUCGGAAUGAACAAAACCUUCAUGAAGACCUACCCACUACCGCCAUGCUCUACAUCACGGAAAUAUGCAAAUGUUCAUUCCAAAACCAUAAUUAACCAACUAAAUAUGUUAGCAGAUUUUUAAUGUCAAGCAGAUUGGAAUACAGUGGUGUUAUCAGUUUCAUACCAUACAUGUUGGUAUGUAACUAUUGGUACUGGGGGUGUGAGGCUAUAAUGGAAGAAUAUGUCGGACAACUUCAUCAGCUAUAAGCAGAAAGCUUGUUGCUAAAUCACAAGCUGCAUUUCCGAGCGAUGUGAAGCAUAACUGUUGAUGGACUGUGAAUAAACCUGUUAAAUUGAGCAAUUUAGUUUAGAUUCAUAAACUGAAAGAUCUGUUGGGUAUUUUAAAUGGUUUAUUGAUUGUUGCUAGACGCUAGUUCUAUGUCCAAGAUUAAUGAUGAUAAUCGAGCUGAAAAUUUAUCGGUACAUUCGU